UAUAAAUAAUACUAUAUCUGCCAAGUUCUAUUCUAGAUAUUUUUUAAAACGUUUCGAAGUGUUGUCGUGCAUAUUUCGUGGCUAUUUUAUACAAUUGCAAAAGUACUUUUUAGUUAAUUAUCAGGAUCUAUCGGGCAUUCUACAGUCCUGCAUAAUUAAGCAUUAAAUAGGAUAUAUUUAAUUUUGAUAAAAUGUUGUGCAAGUCAUACGUAUUCAUUUUUCUGGCAUGCUUAAGUGAUUGGUGCGCUGCAACUUUGCUGGAAGUAGAUCUGCCAGAACUGCCAGAGAUCACACCAAUUACUGAAUUACCUCCUGGCUUGCCUACCUGCGUAGGCCGUAAAGCUGAUAUCAAUGAAUGCUUGAAAAAUGCACUAAACGAAUUGAGGCCACGACUAAAGCAAGGUAUUCCUGAAUUGAGCAUACCACAAGCAGAUCCUUUGGUCAUAGACCUAUAUAGUAUUGAAGUUGUUAACGAUGUCGGCGAAGGACAUUUGGAUAUACAUCAUCUGAUUACACAUGGCAUAAGUGAGAGCAUUGUGCAAAAUGUGAAUAUGGUAAUAGAUGGUGCUCACGUGAAGUUGCAAUUGCUUACGACAUCGCCAAACAUUCAAAAAGCAGGUACUUUCCAAGGGGAGCUGGCGACUGAAGGUAUGGAUCUGAAACCACACGGCAACUUCAGUGGCAAUAUAACUGAUCUGGUCCUGAACAUCCAGUUGGAAGGCGACCUCUCAGUGCGUGAUGGUCACAAAUAUUUAACAAUGACAGCAAUCGAUGUUUAUGGGGAUAUUGGAGAUGUGACAUUCGAAGCCGACAACACUGUACCGAAUGAAAAAUUAAAUAAAAUCAUUCUGGACGUUAUAAAUGAUCACUGGCGCUCAUUGCACAAAGUUAUAUUGAAAGAAACGCGUGAUACUUGGGUACCCAUUGCAUUGAACAUAUCGAACUCAUAUUUUAAUGCUAUACCAUUUGAUUUGUUCUUUGAUACGUCUUAAAAUUAUACAUAAAUAAUGUAAAUAUAUAUUGUAACAAAGUAAAAUAUACAUAUAUAUA